GCCUACUUCCCCCUGGAGCACAUUUGGGCAAAGUAAGCGAUUGUCGACAAAACUGAUCGGGAUAACGUGAACAAGCGAGACUGUUAGCUAGCCCGUUAACAGGCGAGCAAUGUUCCGUAACCAGUAUGACAACGACGUUACAGUCUGGAGUCCUCAGGGACGCAUUCAUCAGAUUGAGUAUGCAAUGGAAGCGGUAAAGCAAGGGUCUGCAACAGUCGGUCUUAAAUCUCGCACUCAUGCAGUUCUGGUCGCCUUGAAGAGAGCUCAGUCAGAGUUGGCCGCUCAUCAAAAGAAAAUUCUUCAUGUAGAUAAUCAUGUUGGAAUCUCCAUUGCUGGCCUCACUGCUGAUGCAAGGCUCCUCUGCAACUUCAUGCGUCAAGAGUGCCUAGACUCUAGAUUUGUCUUCGACCAGCCUCUUCCUGUGUCCCGCUUGGUUUCACUCAUUGGGAGCAAAACCCAAAUACCUACACAGAGAUAUGGAAGGAGACCCUAUGGUGUGGGGCUGCUUAUUGCUGGAUAUGAUGAUAUGGGGCCACAUAUUUUUCAGACCUGCCCUUCUGCCAACUACUUUGACUGCAAGGCCAUGUCAAUAGGAGCCCGUUCCCAGUCUGCACGCACCUACCUGGAGAGACACAUGGAUACUUUCCUUGACUGUAAUCUGAAUGAACUGGUGCAACAUGGUCUUCGUGGUCUAAGAGAAACCCUGCCCACCGAGCAAGAUCUCACCACAAAGAAUGUGUCCAUCGGGAUUGUUGGCAAGGAUAUGGAGUUCACGAUCUAUGACGAUGAUGACGUAGCCCCAUUCCUUGAAGGCCUUGAGGAGAGGCCACAGAGGAGGGUGGCCCAGCCUGAAGAGGAGUCUGCUGCAGAGAGGCCAGAUGAACCAAUGGAACUGUGAGGCUGAAGUUACUGCCCGCUGCUGAAAAGUUGAAAAAAAAAAACAAAAACAAAAAAAAACUCAUCAUUUAUUGUACAGUUUCUCCUUAACUGUUGCUCCACUCAUACCUAAAGCAUUCAUCUUACAAACACAGUUCUCUGUAUCUGUGAAUGGUCUUUUCCACCCCUUUAUUUUCUACAUGUAAAAUGUUUGUUUAUUUUUGCCAUUAUAAUAAGGAAUUUUUGAACAUCUCUUUAACCACCAAUAAAAAUACAUUUUUGCUGCAGUGA